UGUAUAUAUGCAACACUCUCAGUCAUAUCCAUAUCUUUUACCAUUUUAUUGUAAGUGUGGAAAAUAAUAAAUGUGUGUGUACCAUAUAAAAUAAAUAGGGGCUUCGAUUAAUGCUGCGCGUCAAUUCAUUAAUGUAUUAUUUCGAAUGCACAUGUGACGAUGGCACAACAAAUCGUGAAAUUUAAUAAUGGCAAUACUUGUCCCAUUCUUGGUUUGGGUACUUGGCAGUCCAAGCCGAAUGAAGUGAUUCAAGCAGUAAAAGAUGCCAUUGACAUCGGCUACAGGCAUCUAGAUUGUGCCCCCGUUUAUGGAAACGAACCAGAGGUCGGUGCAGCAGUUGCCGCAAAAAUUAAAGAAGGCGUUAUUAAACGGGAAGAUAUUUUUAUCACGAGUAAAUUGUGGAACACGAACCAUCAACCUGAUCUAGUCGAACCUGCAUUAAAGAAAACUUUGAAUAAUCUUGGGCUUGAAUAUCUCGAUCUUUACCUGAUGCAUUCACCAAUGGGGUUCAAGCCUGGUGAUGAUCCAUUUCCUAAAGAUGCUGAUGGUAAAUCUAUAAACGAUGAUACCGAUUAUGUCGAUACUUGGCAUGCAAUGGAGAAUCUUGUAAAGAAAGGUCUUGUAAAGAACAUUGGAGUAAGCAACUUCAAUUAUCAACAAAUGGAACGAAUACUUUCUAACUGUACAAUAAAACCAGUGACAAAUCAGAUUGAAUGCCAUCCAUAUUUAAUUGAGAAGAAAGUGUGUGACUUUUGCAAUUCUAAAGGAGUCCUUAUUACUGCUUACUGUCCUUUUGCUAAGCCAGGUCUUAGUGUUGAUGAGCCUGUACUGUUAGAAGACUCAACAAUUACAGCGCUAGCUACCAAAUGCAAAAAAACUCCUGCUCAAGUAGUACUGCGAUAUCAAAUACAGCGUGGACACAUAGUGAUUCCUAAAUCAGUAACAAAAUCGAGAAUACAAGAAAACUUUAAUAUCUUUGAUUUUGAAUUAAGUUCAGAGGAUAUGGAUACAAUAAAUAGUAUGAAUUGUAAUAAAAGAGUUGGCUUAAGACCUGAAAAUUUCAGAUUUAGUCACCACAAAUACUUCCCCUACAACACAGAAUUUUAAUAUUAUUCUAUAAACCAACACUAAUAAACAGAAUUUUAAUAUUAUAUUAUAAACCAUGAAUAAUGAAAUAUAUUUCUUUUUAAA